CGCCGGGGAUAAAGACGGGCGGCGCGGGAACCAGCUCCAGGCAGCUGGGCGGUGACACCUGAGGGUCCCUGAGUGGCGAGCUUCCUAGGGGCGCCAUGAGCUGCAUCAACCUGCCCACCGUGCUGCCCGGCUCCCCCAGCAAGACCCGGGGGCAGAUCCAGGUGAUUCUAGGACCCAUGUUCUCGGGAAAAAGUACUGAGCUGAUGAGACGGGUCCGUCGCUUCCAGAUCGCCCAGUACAAGUGCUUGGUCAUCAAAUACGCCAAAGACACUCGGUAUAGCAGCAGCUUCUCCACGCAUGACCGAAACACCAUGGAGGCACUGCCAGCCUGCCUGCUCCGGGAUGUGGCCCAGGAGGCCCUAGGCGUGGCUGUCAUAGGCAUCGACGAAGGGCAGUUUUUCCCAGACAUCGUGGAGUUCAGCGAGACUAUGGCCAACGCCGGGAAGACCGUGAUUGUGGCUGCACUGGAUGGGACCUUCCAGAGGAAGGCCUUCGGGACCAUCCUGAACCUGGUGCCCCUGGCGGAGAGUGUUGUGAAGCUGACGGCGGUGUGCAUGGAGUGCUUCCGCGAAGCCGCCUAUACCAAGAGGCUGGGCGCAGAGAAGGAGGUAGCCGCCACCUGCCUUCUGGCGGGGGGGGGGGGGGGGGCGGGGGGGGGGGCGGGGGGGGCGGAGGCGCCCCGCCCCGCCUCAGCCCAUUCAGCCCAUGGCUCUUUGCAUCUCCGCGGCCAGGUCGAGGUGAUCGGGGGCGCAGACAAAUACCACUCCGUGUGCCGCCUGUGCUACUUCAAGAAGGCCUCGGGUCUGCCCGCCGGGCCGGACGGCAAGGAGAAUAAGGAGAACUGCCCGCUGCUGGGGAAGCCGGGAGGGGCCUCGGGGGCCCGCAAGCUGUUUGCUCCGCAUCAGGUCCUGCAGUGCAGCUCGGCCAACUGAGGCGUGGGCGCCUGGGGAGCGCCGGCUCCCUUCCCGCUGCCGCCCCCUGGCGGACGCUUGCAGGACUGCCCCCGCCCUCGUGCGGCGCAGCCUUUCCAGAGGAGGAAGUGGAGGGGGGUGGGGUGCGGGGACGGAACUUUCGGCGGCGGUGCGCUUUCCCCGGGCUGGUGGUCUGCACGUCCCGUUUCCCCUUUCCUGCCCGCCGGCGCUUUCUUGGUUCCCUUCCCCGCUGCGGAUCCACUCCUGAGCUCAGGGUCUGGCCACCCACCGCGGACACCCGCCCCCUCCUCCCGUGGGGUGAGGGGCCGAGCCACACACUGGCGACACUACCGCUGGCCGCUUCUUCCCCCUUGUGGCUUUCACUGUUGAGUUUCUGUUCUCGCUGGGAAGUCCGUUCCCCAGUUGCUCCGGCUCAGCACAGUGUCAUCCCACGCAAAAAUUUCUGUUGGCCUGGAAAGGGCUCCUGGUCCCUCAGGGUGGCUGGACUUCUGCCUUCUGGCUUCCCUUCGGGCUAAAAGCUCUUCCCUCUCUCUGGUGGUCAUUUUCUCCAGAAUUAUAGCUUCUCUCACAUGAGGGACACUUACCCUAGUGGGGCCCAGAUCCCAGGGGCUUAUCUUUUAAAGGGGGGGGGUAGGGU